CCUCCUCUUCAGAUACACUUCAUAACUCUCAACACACUUCCCCUCUCAGUUCUAACCGGCUCAUGGAAAUGGAGGACCAAAUGGAAAGCCAGAAGAGAAGAGGAAUAAGCAAAGAUCAGUUAAUAUCUGAACGGACAGGGUCUUUGGGAUGCAUUGGUUGGUUCAUAGUCAUACUGGCUGGCUUCUUCACCAUGAUAUUCUUCCCCAUCACCAUCUGGUUUUGUUUGAAGAUUGUUCAGGAGUAUGAGCGCGCUGUCAUCUUUAGACUGGGCCGCAUUACGGACAGGAAGGCCAAAGGACCAGGAAUUUUCUUUGUUUUGCCGUGCACCGACUCCUUUGUGAAAGUGGAUUUGCGAACAGUUUCAUUUGACAUCCCACCACAAGAGAUCCUGACCAAGGACUCAGUUACAGUUAUGGUGGACGGAGUGGUGUACUUCCGGGUCAGUGACCCCAUUUCCGCUGUGGCCAACGUGUCUAAUGCUGACUCAUCCACCCGUCUACUGGCUCAAACCACCCUCAGAAAUGUGCUGGGGACUAAGAACCUAGCUGAGCUCUUGUCUGACCGCGAUUCCAUCGCUCACAGCAUGCAGUCCAACCUGGAUGAAGCCACAGACAACUGGGGCAUCACGGUGGAGCGUGUGGAGAUUAAAGAUGUGAAGCUGCCACAUCAGCUGCAGAGAGCCAUGGCUGCCGAAGCAGAGGCUACACGAGAGGCCAGAGCCAAGGUGAUUUCCGCAGAGGGUGAGAUGAAUGCAUCCCGUGCCCUGAAGGAGGCCUCACUUGUGAUCGCAGAGUCUCCGUCAGCCUUGCAGCUGCGCUACCUGCAGACUCUCAGCACCAUCGCAACAGAGAAGAACUCCACCAUCAUCUUCCCCCUGCCCAUGGAUAUGAUAUCUCACUUCAUGCGGAAGUGAUACCACAGUUUGUUUGUCCUCUAAAGUCACUGUCAAAUCAAACAUGUAUUGGAGAGGAUCAGGGUAUAUUUCUAAAAUAAACUCUUGGGAUGCAAGUAGA